AUGGAAAAUAUCUUAAUUGGGCUAGAAAAUAUUCAAGUGUAUUUGGAUGAUAUUAUUAUAAGUGGAAAGUCCAUCGAUGAUUGUAAAAAUAAAGUUUGGUUGGUAUUAAGUCGCUUACAAGAGUAUAGGGUAAAAAUAAAUUUUGAUAAAUGUCAAUUUUUCCGUUCAAGUGUGGUAUUUUUAGGUCAUAUGAUAGAUAAGCACGGGGUUGACCCAACGGAUGAUAAAAUGGAAGCGAUUUUAAAUGCUCCACAACCAAAGGAUAUAAGUCAAUUAAUAUCGUUCUUAGGUUUAAUUAAUUAUUAUCAAGGUUAUAUUCCAAUGUCAUCGACUAUUUUACCCGCAUUAUAUAAUUUGACAAAAAAAAAUGUUAAGUGGAUUUGGUCAAAAGAGUGCGAGUCAGCAUUUAAAAGUGCGAAAUCAGUAUUAAAAGAAAGUCAGUUAUUAGUUACUUAUAACCCAGAUUUGCCAUUAAUUUUGACGUGCGAUAGCUCUAGUUAUGGUGUGGGUGCAGUACUAAGUCAUAUAAUAGAUAAGGAAGAAAAACCUAUCGUGUUUGCAUCGAGUACAUUAUCGGCAGCUGAAAAAAAUUAUUCCCAAAUCGAUCGUGAGGCAUUAGCUAUUAUAUUUGGAAUAAAAAAAUGUCAUAAAUAUUUGUUAGGUCGAAAGUUUAUUUUAGUAUCGGAUCAUUUGCCGUUAAAGACAUUAUUUAAUCAAAACAAAAAUAUUCCAGUACAUGCUUCGUCAAGACUUCAGAGAUGGGCUAUAAUAUUAUCGGGUUAUGAUUAUGAAUUUCAAUAUAGAAAGGGGUCAAAUAUAAAUAAUACUGAUGUGCUAUCGAGAUUACCUAUAGAGGGAAAUAUUGAUGAAGAUUUAGGUUCAAUAAUGUUAGUUGAACAGUUACCAUUAACGUUACACGAAAUAGCAAAGCAAACAAGUGAAGACGCUGUUUUAAAAAUAGUUUGUGAGCAGGUUAAGUCUGGUUGGGUUGGCCAUAAAAAUUAUAAAAACGAGUCAGAACCAUAUUUUCGUAGGAGGUCCGAGUUAUCAAUUGAAAAGGAAUGUUUAAUUAUAGGAAAUAGAGUUUUAGUUCCAAAUAUAUUAAGACAGCAAGUGUUAAAUAUUUUACAUAAAAACCACCCAGGUAUAGUACGAUCAAAAAUGUUAGCUCGAUCUUAUGUAUGGUGGCCAAAUAUAGAUAGUUGUAUUGAAAAGUAUAUAAAAUGUUGUUCACAAUGUCAGUUUAAUCAAAACGAUAAAAGUAAAAAUGAUAAAAUUUUUGUCCCCUGGCGGAAGUCAGAAAAACCGUGGCAGCGUAUUCAUAUUGAUUUUUUGGACGUAAAUAAAAUUAAGUUAUUAAUUCUAGUAGAUAGUGGAAGUAAAUGGAUUGAAUGUUGGGCGUUAAAUAAUACAACCGCAACAAUGGUAAUCAGAGUCAUAAGCCAUUGUUUUUGUACUUUUGGAUCGCCUGAAAUACUUGUGUGCGAUAACGGACCGCCGUUUGGUUGA